AUGUUACAUCCAGCACGCGACUUUGUGGAUUUCGUCAACAAGUCGCCAUCGCCCUUCCACUGCACUCAUGAAGCUGCUGAGCUGCUGAAACAGGCAGGUUUCAAAGAGAUCAAGGAACGUGACAACUGGAAUGGUGCUAUAGAACGCAAUGGCAAAUACUAUUUUACUCGAAACGGCUCGUCGAUCGUUGCUUUUGUUGUCGGUGGCAAAUACAUUCCUGGUAACGGAUUUUCUAUUGUGGGCGCGCAUACUGAUUCUCCUUGCUUAAAGGUCAAGCCUAUCUCCAAAAAGGAAAAGAGUAGUUAUCUGGAAGUUGGCGUCCAGCUUUACGGCGGUGGUAUCUGGCACACAUGGUUUGACCGUGAUUUGAGCGUUGCUGGACGCGUCAUGAUCGAAGACAACGAUGGCAAAUAUCGUCACACAUUGGUAAAAGUGGACAGACCUCUUUUGCGUAUUCCCACACUUGCAAUCCACUUGGAUCGUAAUGCCAACGACAGUUUCACGUUCAACAAAGAAGUCCAGCUUGCACCCAUUCUUGCUACUGCCACCAAAGCAGAGUUGAACAAGACUGAAAGUGACGAACAUAUUGAAGCAGAAGAAGGCCACCACCCCUUGUUGAUUCGUGUACUUGCCGACGAAAUGGGCGUCAAACCAAGCCAAAUUCGCGAUUUCGAGUUGGCUCUGUACGAUACUCAAGGCUCAACAAUUGGUGGCGUAUGCAACGAGUUCAUUUUCUCACCUCGUCUUGACAACCAAGAAAUGAGCUACUGCGCUAUCCGAGCAUUGCUGCAAUCCAAGAACAUUGAGAACGAUACCAACGUCCGUGUGACCGUUUGCUUUGACAAUGAAGAAAUUGGCAGCACCACCGCCCACGGUGCUGACUCGAAUCUUUUGCCAACCACCUUGCAGCGCUUGGCCAACACUGAACUGUUAUCUGGCGAAAACGUAUCGCCCACUGCCUUUGAAGAGGCCAUGCACAAGAGUAUCCUCAUCAGUGCAGAUAUGGCACAUGCCAUUCAUCCCAACUACCCCGAAAAACACGAAGAAAACCACCGACCACACAUGCACAAGGGUACUGUUAUUAAGAUCAACGCAAACCAGAGAUAUGCUACGACUGCAGUCACCAGUUUGGUCUUGAAAGAGCUGGCAAAGAAGCAUGUGAUCCCCAUUCAGGUAGGUUUUUGUCUUUGCGAAUUUGUUGUUCGUAAUGAUAGCCCUUGUGGCUCGACAAUUGGCCCAAUGCUUAGUGCAAAGCUUGGACUUCGCACAGUUGAUGUGGGUAACCCUCAACUCAGCAUGCAUUCGAUCCGUGAAGUCGGUGGUACCGACGAUGUCAAGCACGGAAUCGAUCUGUUGCAGGUCUUCUUUGAGGAAUUUGCUGAAUUGGAAGCUCGCAUUGUUGUGGAUUAA